CUGUCUCUCAUCACGUCCAUGUCGACCUCGGAGUCGAACGAGAGCUCAACAGGCUCAUCAAACUCGCUUCAACUUAACAUAUCGCCCCGCAAUGGGCAUGCUCAUGCCACUGGCUCUACACUCGCUACGGUGGUGUAUUUUGGAAGUGAGAAGAGUGAUCUUGUCAUGCGUGAGCAUGUCUGCCUCAACAACGAGUACAUCGCACCGUUCACGCUCAGCAACGUCGAGUACGCCACCGCGGAGCACUGUUAUCAGGCGGCAAAGGUGCGGGCGUUUGACCCCAAAGCGGCAAUCGCUGUCUCGCGCGCACUCACCGCCGCCGACGCGCGACACAUGGCCAAGGACGCGGUCCAAGCCGCCAUCGCCGCAGGCGUGUACAAUGCACCUGCGUGGGCACGACGCCGCGAGCAGGCUAUGUUCGAGGCGCUCAAGGCAAAGUGCGUACAGAACCAACACAUCCUCCAGGUCUUACUCGAGACAGGCGACGCCACACUCGUCGAGGACUCACCCGCGGAUCCGUACUGGGGCGGCACCGCGCCGGGCGCCCGCAACCGGCUGGGUGUCCUGCUCAUGGAGCUCCGCAGCACGCUGGCCGGAACCCACUCGAUCACCAUUGGCCUCGCCCAGUCGACGUCAGACUCUCUCUCGGAUGAGUCGACGCCGCCGAGCUCGCCGUGGCGCGCGACGCUUCCGCGGUCGCCGGCGCGCUUCCCGGCCGGCGUCUGUACCCUCACCGAGCUGGCGACGAGCUCACGUGGCGUCGACCUCGGUAGCAUGGUCGGCGGCGAGCCGCAGAUCAAGGCUGUCCUUGGCGAUACUCCGCCGUUCAACUUGCUGCCGCUGCAUGCGCUCGCGCGCCUUGCCCGCGGCGUCCGCUACCUUGAGUACUCGGGCGGUGCACUGCUCGCCACGCCCGGCGGCGUCCGCGACGACGGCCACGCCUUUGUUCUUCUCGAGGGCAGCGUCGUCGCGAGCACAAGCGACGGCUCCGAGUCCACCGUCGCCCCCUUUGUGCUCUUUGGCGAGCACUAUGCACUCAUGGGCGUGCGGAGCGCGACGUACAGCGUGCCGCGCGGGGGCAUGGCGCACGUUCUGGCCAUCCCUUCGGCGCUUCUGCUCGCCGUUCUCGAGCCAAUGACACCGGUUGCGCUUGCACUGGCCACAAGCGCGCUCGCGCGCCAUCCUGCCACCAAGCUUCUCGCCGAGCUCCACGCCACCAUCCGAGCUGCCGCGGCCACCGGCAACGAGUUUGAUGUGGGCGCCCUCGUCGCGCGGUACGCAGCUCUCGAGGCUGCGCUCUAUCCUGAGAUCGGAACCGGGCUGGCUAUGCCGGCGUGGCAGGCGGCAGUGGCGGUGCUCCCGCUCCCGCUGUUUGUCCCAGCUGAUGUGACGCUCGCAGGUCCGACUUGGGACGCGGGUUGUGUGGAAGAGGCUUCGCUCGGCAAAGUCACGCUCGCCGACGGCGAGAGCCACCUGGUUGGCCUCUGCACUGCGCUCGCGGUCCACUGGCACCAGAUGACCAAGCUUCAGACAAAUAUGUGCGACGACAUGGCAGCGGUGGAGGGCGUGCUGCAGGCGGCCGGCUUGGUCGACGACGAUCUGCUUCGGGCAGCUCUUGACGCCCACGACACGCUGCCGACCGUCCACCUCGCAGUAGAGUCGCGGGCCGAGCUCGACACGAAACUCACGUCCUGGUCGCACAAGCUCGCACUGGCGGUCGGUGACGUGCUCGCCGUUGACACGGCGCUGGAAGCUGUCGGCAUUGACGUCGUGUUUGGCGGGCACGCCGCGUGCGCCGAUGCGCUUUCGCCGUGGUGUCGAGACGCGCAGGCCCGGAUCGAGGCAUGGGCCCAUGCAAGAAGCGUCGCCGCAGACGUCGUUGCAGCGUACCUCGCGGCGCAUCCGGACGAGGCUGCAAGCCGACGGGCGGCAGAUGCAUCCGCUGGUAUCCACGUCAUCGACUCUGGGGUGUGCUCCGGGCCGGCGGUGGUUGUGGUGGACACCGGACGCGGUGCCGAUGCAGAGCGGCGUGCUCUGGUCAACGUGGCGGCGAUGAGCGGCGAAGCCGCUGCCGCGGCGCUGCGUGCGCUCAUUCUAGUCUUUGGCGAGAACAUCCGGUCGAUCAACAUGGUGACGGCGGCAGACCGGCUUGCAGGGCGCAAAGGUGACUUUGUAUUGGCGAGCCACGCCGUGUUGGCGGGCACCGGGCAUGUAGUUGCGCUUGACGCCGGCAUGGACGACGAAGCCGUGGUACUAGAUAUGCGCGCGAGCUGCGGCGUGCAGCGCGGGCCCGUCCUGACUGCGCCGGCGUGUACGCCGGAGCCGAUGCUCGGGCUCUACGUCAAGGCGUACGGGUGCGUGGCGCGCGACGCGACCAUGGGCACAAUGGCGCAGGAGAUGCAGAAUGCACGCGAGAUGGGCUUGCUCCGCCGCACUUCCCGGGCCCGGUUUGUAGCUGUGCUCGCAGACAGGGUGAGCAGAGAAGCGGCGGCGACCAUGAUCGAGUUCAUUCAUCGCGCCACCAUCUUCGACAGCCAUCACACCAGCUACCAGCGCUCCUCGUCAUUGACGAUUGACUCGAUGUACGACAGGUCGUCGGCGUUGAUGGCCGAGUAAAGAGUAUCGACUUCUUCCUU